AAAUCAUAUAUAAGUUACUAUAAGCAAAUUAUGCUACUAUUGAUUGCCAUUAUUUUGACUAUAAUUGCUUCAAACGUAACUCAAGGUCUACCGUAUUGUGACAUCAAAUCGUUGGACAGUGUCUUCAGUGUCGGUCAUCUCAUCUAUUUUAUUCGUUGCGGCGAAGUCUGGACUUUUGACGAUCGCAUUGAUGGAGGACAGGGAGCUUUUCUCAGGGACUACUCGAUGCUGGCCUAUGCGAGACAUUGGUUUGGAGAAAAUGUGGCCAAAACUGAUGGGAAAUAUUCGGACGAAAAACUACUGUUCAAUGGCUUUUCGUUUCAGGGAAUCAGUUGUCUGACACAUGCGGAUGACUUUAACAAAACAUGUUUCCGAUCGACACAGGCCUGGGAUCGACUAACCAUUAUGUUUGACCGGACACAUGCCGUUCCCUUUUACUAUCGUUAUAUCAUCGAAACAGAUGACGAAUUAGUCAAUCCGUUAGGUUUUAAGAAACGACAAGAUUUACGAGAAAAACACGGAUUUUUGCCGCGUGUCGACCGCUUUUUCGGUAUCGGCAGUGAUCCGACAAAACGUGAGAUUGUCAGUGCACUGUACGACAACCUACUGGACAUCCUAUAUAUGGGAAUAAAAUACAACAAAUACUAUUGUAUAACACAUUUAAAUAUGAAAAAAAUGAUUCACGAUAUCCGCGAAUGGCCUAAAGUUAAAGACCAGGACUGGGAGGCUUACUGGCGACUCGGCAAAUGUUUUACCGGCAAUCUUAUAGGUAUGUUUGCCUAUAGGGGCCAGUCGUACGCUGUCGGACGUAUACUAUACACUUCACGGGUCUACGAGGAUCAGGUGUACACUAUGGAGACCAGCGAAGAUCAGGAGAUGAUUGAAAUUCAAUCGUUGUAUUACUCGUACACCGACAACGACAACAAACAUCGGGUCGAUGUUCACAAUCUGAGGACAUUUUUCGGAUGUAUUAACGAUAGUGUAAACAAUGUCAAAGACAAACAGACACUAAAACGAUCGGUAAUCGAGGAGUACAUACCCGGCGAUGACCACUACUGGAUGAAUGAUGUGGUCGAUGACGACGACAACGACAUCGGCGAAGAAGUAGUCAACAUCUUCGGCACAAUCGGUGUCACCAGUGAUGCCAUAUACGAGACACUGACACAGACGGCCAUCAUUUUUACUGUUAUUUUGUUUGUGUUGGUAGUGAUCAGAGUCUGGUUGAGACACACCCUCCGAUGUCCGCCGCCGACCAUUGAUAUGAAAACAAAAUGA